GACGAAGCUGCCAUAGAUACUCUGCUAAAGUCAAAACCCUAGUUUCUAUUUUCCUCUGCAAUUCCUUCGUGGAUAAACGCGAUAUUUUCCAAGCUUUGGAUUUGGAGCUCGGAAAUGGAACUCGCACAGUCGCACAAAAUAGAGAUGAUAAGCAUAGCCGUCGCCGUCGUUGCCGUCGGCGCUGCUACGGCUUACUACUUCUACGUCACGAAGAAACCUAAAGCUAAAGGCUGCUUGGAUCCUGAAAAUUUCAAGGAAUUUAAACUUGUUAAACGCACUCAACUGAGCCAUAAUGUGGCGAAGUUUAGGUUUGCUCUUCCAACUCCAACAUCCGUUUUGGGGCUUCCGAUUGGACAGCACAUGAGUUGCAGAGGAAAGGAUAGUGUUGGUGAAGAAGUUGUUAAGCCAUAUACUCCAACAACUUUGGAUUCGGACUUAGGAUACUUUGAGCUAGUCAUAAAGAUGUAUCCACAAGGAAGGAUGUCCCAUCACUUUAGGGAGAUGCGUGAAGGUGAUUACUUGGCUGUGAAGGGACCUAAGGGGCGCUUUAAGUAUGAGCCUGGCCAAGUUAGAGCAUUUGGGAUGCUAGCUGGGGGCACUGGCAUUACUCCAAUGUUCCAGGUUACACGAGCCAUAUUGGAAAACCCAAGUGACAAGACCAACAUUCACCUUGUUUAUGCCAAUGUCACUUAUGAAGACAUUCUCUUGAAGGAAGAGCUGGAUAAUCUUGCAAGUAAAUUUCCUGAUCGGUUCAGUAUCUACUAUGUUUUAAAUGAGCCGCCUGAAGGAUGGGAUGGUGGCGUUGGGUUCAUAUCAAAAGAAAUUAUCCAAACUCACUGCCCUGCUCCUGCACCUGAUAUUCAGAUAUUGAGGUGUGGACCACCACCAAUGAACAAAGCUAUGGCUGCUCAUCUAGAGGCUCUUGGAUACUCCCCUCAGAUGCAGUUCCAGUUUUAAGCCUCCAAUGGUGCUUCUGUCACUUUAGUGUCAACUUGUUUCAAGAAUGUUCAUCAACCUUUUAUGGUUGUUAUUAUUUCAAAUGGAUGACUACCUGCCUAAUGUAUGAGUAAUUUCACUGUGGGAGUAAAUUUCCACUGAAACGAGAAUCUGUAUUAUGGGAUUUGCAAAUGAUAGAAUGCAUGCUUUUUAAGUUCA